GUCGAUCAUUCGGUCCUGCCUUGCUUACGUACGCACUAUAUUGGCCUAUAAAGCCCCACACUACUGUAUGACUACCCCAGUAGUCUGUAGUGAGCGGAGUGAAGUCUAGGGAGAUGUUCCGAGUGGUCACCAUAGCUAUACUAGAUUGAGAUCUAACCCAAGUCGAGAAGCCGAAGCUUCACCACGUAUCCUAGGAAAGCCUUGUUAGGCAACAAAGUCAUCGCGGUUACGCGGUCAUACAUGCAGGUGUUAUACAAUGUUGCGACUAGUGUCAGACGUGGAAUGAUGGGGUAAGAUUAUAUGAUGUGAGCCCAGGUAUCCAAGACCUUCUAUCCUGCCCAUCAUAUAGUUUUACUGUAUCCUUCUCCGGUUUUGUCUCUUCUGAUACUCCAACAACUCAUCAUGAAUGCACCACGCCUUACUCCUUGGUCGCCGCCUAUCAAUGAACUCCUUCCGCAUACGUUAUUUAGGCUUGCGGCUCAGAACCCUUCCGCUACAUACGUAGAAUUCCCCAACGACCCGAACAGGAUUGAAGACGGGUAUCGUAAAAUCGCUUUCGCCGAAGUAGCCAAUGCCGUUCAUGCAAUAGCAUGGUGGAUCGAAGAAAAUGUCGGGAAGUUGAGCGAAGAAGAGAAGACUGGUGAACAGACGUUGGUGUACAUGGGGCCGAAUGAUAUACGUUAUGCAGUGCUUUGCCUAGGAAGUGUGAUUGCAGGUUACAAGAUGCUCUUCCCUUCGCCACGUUAUGGAGCUGAAGCACUGGUGAAACUGAUAGAGAGCGUGGAUGCGGAAGUCAUGCUAACACCGGAGGUACCAAUACCAGUCGUAGAAGGAGUCCUAUCGAAGAGAUCCAUGAAGACACUCCAGAUACCAGGUGUAGAGCAGCUUCUCAAGUCGGCCGCAGAACCAUAUCCAUACAACAAGACGUUUCAAGAGCAUAGCAAAGAACCAUUGAUCUGCCUUCAUACAUCUGGUACGACCGGCUUCCCGAAACCCAUACUCUGGACCCAUGAGUGGGCAAACAGCGCAGGACGAAGCAUGAACCUUGACGCACCCCCAGGCUAUGACCUGCAGGAAGAGCUUCUUUACAGUAGGAAAGAAGGGAGAGGCAGGCGAAUAAUGCUCCUUUUCCCUCCAUUUCAUGCUAGUGGCGUGAUCGGAAUGGUCCUGUUUCCCCUGACAAUCGGUGGGACGGUAAUCUAUCCACCAACAUGGACGACGCCCGAAGCGGGCGUGGAAGGCGCUCUGAAGGCGCUAGACGUUAUUGCCGCACGAGACGGAGGCGUGGCGACAGACUGUGUGGCACUAGUGCCUCCCUUGUUCGAGUAUCUGGGCAAGAGUCCAGAGGCCAUACGUAGGAUAAGCCAGAGAACACGACAAGUAGGUUGGGGUGGCGGUAGCGUGAGUCGAGCCGCAGGAGAAUCCGUGGCAGCGCAAAUGUCCAUUUUGAACUCCAUGGCGUCAACGGAACUUAGUAUCUGGCCCACUAUUCGUCCAAGCGGUACUGAUCUAUCGCAAACCGCAUAUUGGGAGUACACCACCUUCCACCCAGCCUCCAAUAUCCGGUUUGACCCUGUUUCCACAUCUACAGACGGCACCACACUAUACGAAGCCGUUAUGAUCCGGAAUAAUGGAACAGAGCAUGAUGGCUAUGUCCAACCCAUCUUCUCAAUCUUCCCAGAUGCAAAAGAGCGACGACUCGGGGAUUUGUUCACGCAACAUCCCCGAAACCCAGAGCAAUGGAAACACUAUGGCCGUGCGGAUGAUCUUCUGGUUUUUCUCACGAAUGAAAAGUUCUUUCCAACGGCGGCGGAACAGAGAAUUGCGAGCCACUCUGGUGUCGCGGAGGUGGUGAUGGUGGGUACAAGGAGGCCGGUAGCUUCAUUGAUUAUGAGGCUGGAAGAUGGCGUGCAGGUGAGUGGUAUCUGGAGUGUGGUGGAAGAUGUAAACAAAGACUCGCCUGUGUAUGCACGCGUGGGCAGAGAGAUGAUACUAGUCGUGGAAGAACCGUUCCCAAAGACGGCUAAAGGGACAGUGCAGAAGAAGGCUUUGUUGGAAAUGUAUGAAAAGGAGUUGGAUGCUUUGUAUGCAGGUAGUAGCUAAGCGCUCCGAGUAU